UUGUUUACGUUUUGUUAUCUUAUUUCUGUUACAGUGUUGUUACAAUUGAGGGCAAUGUUGUUGUAGUCUGCGCGCAUACAGUGGUGGUAAGAUGAAGGUCCACUGAACAGCUGAUUUGCAAGCAUUUAAAAUUAUCGAUAGCAAGAACACAACGACGCAGCAGCAGCACGAACCACCAGCGCAGCGCAGUGACUAUAGCAGCGAAUAUUAUGCGAAACAGGAAAUCUAUAAAAAAGUAGAGCAGCAGCAGCAGGCGCAGCAGCCGUUGGGGCGGGGUAAGCAGCGGGAUCAGCAGCAUGGAACCUCCAGCGCACGUUACCGCAACGGCGGGCAUUGUAAGUGGCGAAAUCUCGUCGGAUGCUGAGCAAGACAGCCAAGUGACAACGGCGCAUAAUAAUGAUGAGCAAGCGGAUAAUGGCGAAGGUGAUGAUGAUGAAGAUGAUGACGAUGAUGACGACAAUGAUGUCGAUGAUGACGAUGAUGAUGAUGCCAAGGAUGCUUAUUAUGAGGCGCGCAAUGGCAAUGAAAGCGACGAACUUGAAACGGCAUUCGAAAGUGCAUUGACUCUGGCCAGUGACGUCAGAGUGAGCGUCAGUGACGCAGAUGCCGAAAUCAUAGGCGAGAGCAAUGGACCGAGCGCGGAUCAACAGCCGGACACUGAGCAACUGCAGCAGCUGGAACAAGAUGCGGUCGGCGAUGUUCUGAUGCGCAAAAAGCUCAAUCAGACUCCAGAGAUGAACAACGAAAUCAACGAUCCGCCAGUAGAAGCAGCGUCAUCUUCAACGGUUGCUACCAACGGCGAAUUGGCCAGGCCCCGCAAUCAACACCAGGCGCUGCUCUCGACCAAAUCCUGCGAGACGCCCGGCAGCACGACAUUGGGAUCGGCAUCGGCAACUGGAGCUGCUCUGUCGCCCAGCAGCUCCUGCAACGGCAGCAUCGGCAGCGAUGGCGGCUGCAGCGUGGGCGGCGGUGCCCGUCGCAAAUCCUGGACGCUCUCGCCCCAGAACGGUGUCUGCAAGAAGAAGAGCAAGCCGAUUGCCAUGUCCAGCGCGACGACAGCGAAUGGGGAUAGCUUCAACUUGUGGGUGGCGCGCGAGUGCUUCGAAACGGUGCCCGCCGAGAUGGUGGACACAUUGAGUGUGGCGGAGCUGCGCGAGCAGCAGAACGAGGAGUCGCUCGGGCAGGAGGAGGACGAGGACGACGACGACGUGGACGAAGAAGCAGCCGCUGUCGAGAGUCUACUGGGCGCCGCAGCAGCGCUGCAGGCCAGCGCCUACCUGGGCAGCGGAGCGCAUGGCCGGCAGAAGCAUUUGCGCCAGCCGCCGGCGCAGCAUCGUCCGCUGGAGCGCUCGUGGCCGCCACGUGCCGUUGGGCGGGAGCUGAAGCUGCAGGGCGAUGUCUUCAAGUUCGACAUACUGGACACGGACGAGCGCAUGCCUGGCGAGGAUGUGCCCAGCUACAGUGGCGCCAGCAACUCGCCGCUGCGCCUCCUCGGCCAGCCGGAGGCCAGUCCGCCGCCGAUGCGCUUCAAGCCGCUGAUCCAGAAGAAGAUCGGGCCCGACAGCUACAUCAACACGAUCAGCACGCAGAAGGUGCCCGCCCACAUGACCUACGAGUUUCCCACAUUCCCCCUGCAGGAGCAGCACGGCAGCAGCGCCAGCGGCAGCUCGAACUCCAAUUCGAAUUCGAACUCGAAUGGCCUCGGUGCUCAUCACUUUCCCUAUCUGCGUCAGCACCGUCCCUUGACCCGCGCCCUGUCCAACGGCAAGGCCGCCGGCUCAGGAUCAGCGGCGGGCAGCGAUGAGUCCUACCACUUGGCCAGCAGCAGCAGCAACAACUCGCCUCGACUGCUGCUCUCGCCCAAGCUGCAGCGCAGCCCGCCCUCGGGCUGCUCCACGCGCAGCGUCUCGCCGCUGGAUCUCAGCCUCAGUCCCGAGUCGCAGCAUUCGCCCACGCGCGGGCGUGGCGUGGGCGGGUUGGAGGCCAUCUUACCACUGCCUUUGGCGCCGCCGCCGCCCCUCGGCACGCCCACUUUUCAUGCACAACGGCCACAGCAGCGGCUGCUGAAGCGCGUGGGCGGCGGUGGCGGUGGCGGUGGCAGUGCGGCGGCAGCCUCUGGUGCUGCUGGUGGAUUGGUUUGCCCGCCCACGCCCACACAUCACGCGCGCCGGCAUGCGCGUCUGCAGGCCGUCACUGCCAAUUCCGCUUCGGCCGCAGCAGCAGCAGCAUCGGGAGCAGCGGAGCCCAACUCUAGUCAAUUGCAGACGCCGCCCGGUUCGCCGGCCGGCGCUGGCGGAGCACAUGGAGCAGAUGUGGACGACAGCACGGAAGUGCUGCACAUCAGCAGCACUCGCCUGCCCUCCAUACCGGAGCGCAGUGCGGCAGCAGCGGCGGCGGCGGCAGCUGCAGCGGCUGCCGCUGGCGCUGGCAUCAUGGAGAGCGCGGGCGGCGGUGGCGGCUGCGGCGCCAUGGCGGAGGCACCGCUGCCGCCUGCCUGGGAGGCGCGCAUGGACAGCCACGGGCGCAUAUUCUACAUUGAUCACACCACACGGACCACAUCCUGGCAGCGGCCAGGUCCGAGCACGGGUCCCGGCGGCCGCGAGCAGCACCACCGGCAGCAGCUGGACAGACGCUACCAGUCCAUACGGCGCACCAUCACCAAUGAGAACCGCCUGUCCAUGCACUCGGCCGAUCCGUCAGCGACCCACGCGGCUCCCAAUCAGCUCUACGGUCUUCCACAUGGCAGUGGCCCAGCGGCUGGGUCAACGGCAUCUGGCGCCGCCGGGGCAGCGGUGCCGCCCGCCUCGCUCAACCUGGCCAUACAUCCGGCGGUGCUGAUGCUCUGCCGUCCGGACUUCUACUCGCUGCUGCACACCAACGAGGCGGCGCUGGCCAUUUACAACCGGAACGCGGCGCUGAAGCACAUGGUGAUGCGCAUUCGCCGCGAUCCGCAGUGCUUCCAGCGCUAUCAGUACAACAAGGAUCUGGUGGCCCUGGUCAACACCUUUGCGCAGCUCAGCCGCGACCUGCCCUCCUGCUGGGAGACCAAGAUCGAUCAGUCCGGCAAGCAGUUCUUCAUCGACCACCAGCACCGGAAGACCUCCUUCAUGGAUCCUCGCCUGCCAGUCGAGUGUCCGCGCGUUGUCCGCCAUCGCCAGCAGCAGCAGCAGCAACAGCAGCAGCAUCCGCAUUCGCAUCCGCAUCCACAUUCGCACCAGUAUAUGCAGCGAGAGGCGCAACCGGAUCUCGUUGAUGGCAAUUGCCUGUCGGCCACCGCCGGCCACAUCAACUCGAGCGGCUCCAGCAGCGCGUCGGCCUCGGUGUCGGGCGUACCGCCGCUGCCGCCACCUCGUCCAUGUCGUGGCAGCGGCAACCAAGCAGCCGGCGCCAGCCAGCACAACUGCACCACGGCGGCGGCCAUUGCCUGCGCACUGAGCCUCAGCGGCGCCGUCGGCGGCCCCAGCACCAGCUCCAGCUCCAGCUCCAGCGGCAUCCCAGCAGCCGCGGGCCACGAAGAUGUGCCCAUAGCCUACAACGAAAAGGUUAUUGCCUUUCUGCGACAGCCCAAUAUUUUGGAAAUACUACGCGAACGUCAAGGCCAACACACCGUGUCUCGAUCACUGCGCGAAAAAAUAAACAUCUUGAGAGUGGAGGGCGUGCCCGCUCUGGAGCGUCUGGGCCACGAUCUACAACUGACCAUAUUGCUGAG